GGUGUCGAUGCUUCCACGGCGAACAUGGCAAUGGGGGGAAGGUCCCAACGUCCGAGGAGGGCAUCUCAUCCUGAGGGAGGAAAAAAGCACAAUCCAUGGACGUUGGAGGAGCGAAUAGUGUUGGCAAACGUAAGCAAAAAAAAUUACGCUCUUAUGGCUGAUGCCAACGGCAUCCAUUGACACAUGAUGAGGGCGAACAGGUGCAUGUGGAUAGUAGAUUGGUUGAGAGAUGAGGAGCACAACAAGACGGAGGAGGACUAUAGAAAAAAGUGGACGAAAAUGACGGACAUCGUCAGCCGGAUCGGGGACAAGUGCUACACAUCAGGGCAGUCGGGUUACUUCAACAUGAUGACAAAGCAGCGAGGAGAGCAGGGGGUAUGUACGACGUUCGAGCAAGGUCUUUGGGAUGUGAUGGAGUGGUGGCGCUUGAAGAGAUCGUCCACGUGUGACACCACUCUAGCGUCCGAGGACUUGGGUGGUACCCGAUCCGAGGACGGUGGUGGAGGAACCGGGUCAGCGGAAGGUGGUGGGGAUAGCGGAUCGGCGGAAGGCGAUGGAGGGAACGGACUAGGGCAAGUUGCCAAAGGGAGUGGAUCGGGGCAAGGUGGGGGGGGGAGUGGAUCAUGGCAAGGUGGGGGAGGGAGUGCAUCGGGGCAAGGAGGGGGUGGAAGUGGAUCAUCCCAGUCGGGUAAUGGAGCAUCUGCUGUCGGUGCGAUGGACACGUUAGACACCAGUGCUAAAUCACGUAGGACAUCAUUUGGGAGUGUGCGUGGGGACGCAGUUGCGUCUUCGUCGGGAACAAAGACGGUGAUGGAGGAUUUGGCGCGGACUUUAUGCAAGGGCCUUGAAAAAGCAUCGGGACGCUGACAUAUGUGAUGUGCGAGGGAGCGCCGAUGAUGUUGACGAAGAUAGGGGAUGCGGUUGUCCUGAUCUGA